CACCUGCCAUCUUGUCGAUAGAACACAGCGGUCAUGCUGCCAACGGCCGCGUGUACUUCGCCCUGUCCCUAGCUCCGUCGACUCGCCCUACCCUCUGCCGGUCUGCCCCCGCCCUCGACAUCGCGAGAAGUCCGCUACUGCCCGUCGGUCACCUCCAAUACCAAACUUCCUUCUGGAACCCGUGCCGACUCUAAAUGAAUGUCGCCAACACGGUGCAAAUCCAGUGCGGGGCGGCUCGCCAUGCAGAGCCGGGCUUCAUGCACGGUUUGACCCCCUGUGUAUAUACUUAUUUGCUGGAACUCAAUUCCAGUCUGUCAUAUAUUGCGCCAUGGCCUAUGAAUGCGAGUAUAAUAGCGACGGCGAGCCGAUUGAGCAGUCGGCGCCUGUCAAGCUUGCUUUCCACGUUGAGUACAUCGCAAACAACGCCAUCAAACUUUUAGAUGAGCUAAUAGCUCUAGAGAAAGCCACUUUCAAAAAGGGCGACUCGUGGGCCGACGGCGACUUGGCCGAUCACCUGAAGAAGCGAAACAUAGUACUCGCUGUUGCGCGCCUGCAAGCGGACGGCAAGCUGUGUGGCUAUGUGCUGUGCACCAGCACCGGCGUCAACAUCCACGUGGCCAAGGUGGCGGUGCGGGAGGACUGCCGGCGCCAGGGCAUGGCUCGCAGGAUGAUGGAGGCGGUGCUGCAGGCGGCGGCGACGGUGCGGCGCGCGCUAUCAUCCACGUUGUAUGUGGCGGUGGAGAACACGCCCGCAGUGGAGUUAUACAAGUUUGUGGACUAGGACUCCAGGGAUUGCGAAGGCUUGAAGCUUACGGUAAUCGGCUUGCGGAUGAGGCGUGUGCCCGAGGGCUAGGGAGUAAACAGUGGCGGGCUGGCGGUUGCCUCGAACGCCAUUUCAGGAAACGUAGGGCGCAAGAGAACGACCACUGGCAAAUGAGGAUGCACCUCGUUUAAGGAUGCAAACUCGUUCGUAACCCUUCCAGUUGCGCGCCGUGCGUCCAUGCACGCAGGUCUCUGGGCUUCGCUGAGGAUAGCUACCUGGUGAGUGAGGGCCUGCUGUGUGCUUGUGUGCGCCAUCAGGAUACCCACGAGACACGAGG